AAAACAUCUGUGUUGUUUCAUAACUUUUCAACCACACUCUUGUCUUUCGGUAAAAAAUAGUAGUGUGUUUUUCUAAUUUGUAUUUAUAAAUUAAAAACAGGACAAAAUGGAAGUUUCAAACCUUUUGAACGCUUUACGUCGUUUAUCUAUCCAACCCAUCCGUACGUAUGGAAAGCAUAACAAGAAAUAUGUGUACACCGAUGGAAUAAAGUACGAAGGAAUUUAUUACUACCCACGCACAAAAGACCACCAAGAUCCACCAAUAACUCCAGCUAAGCUAUUCCGUGUUCAAAGAAUCAAACCUGUCAAGGGCAACCCUUACUGGGAAAAACGAAUCCUUAAAGACCUUGGGUUAGAUGGAAAACAGGGUAACUUUACUGUUGUCAAAAAUAUCCCCGAAAAUAACGCACGGCUAUGGAAGAUCAAACACCUGCUUAAAGUCACUCCAAUCACAUUUAAAUACGGUGAGCCCACAGAGAACGACAUCAAACAUACUAUCCUUAAGGAAAACGGAGAAUGUAUUGUCACCAAAGAAAUUGGUCAGUUAGAAAAACGUUUUGAGGCUACUGAAAAAUUCGAAGCCGAUCCAAAAAGACUAGACACAGAUCUAUUGAAGAAAGAUGCUCGCCUUAAAUGGUUAAAUAAUUGGUAAAAAUGAAAACAAUAAAAUCCAAAUUUCUGAAAUAGUAAAAAAA